AUGGAAAAUAAAGCCACACUAGCAAGGAACAUAGGAGAGAAACGCGUGUCACCAAGAUCUAAGGUUAACGGGACGGGGAAGUCAUGGCGAAUAUCGUACUCGCCACAAAGGAUGGAUGGAGUUUCCAGUGGACGUAAUGUGUCUAAAAUCCCAUCUCCUGUGCGAGAGAGAUUGUUCCUUAAGAAUCAGGAAAGGAAACCGCUGGGCGUGAGCCCGCUUUCAAAUUUAUCACCAAACUCGUUAGGUAGGAACAGCUUAGAGAAAAGCACAUAUAAUAAUAAACUAUCGUUGAAGGAUUUCGAGGUAGGUAGAAAACUUGGAAAGGGUAAAUUUGGUAAAGUGUAUUGCGUCAGGCAUAAGAAAUCUGGAUUCAUUUGCGCUUUGAAAGCGAUAGAGAAGAAUGAAAUUUUACAAUUCAAUCUGCUGAAACAAUUAAAACGAGAGGUUGAUAUCCAAUUGGGCAUGGAUCAUCCCAACAUCAUAAAGCUAUACGCACACUUCCAUGACGAAAAACGUGUUUAUCUCCUCAUGGAACACUCUAUCAAUGGUGAGCUGUAUAAAUCACUAAAGAAUAACGGACCCUUUAACGAUGUCUUAGCCUCACACUACAUUUAUCAAAUAGCCGAUGCACUACAUUACAUGCAUAAGAAAAGAAUAAUACAUAGGGAUGUCAAACCGGAAAAUGUCCUAAUUGGGUUUGAUAAUGUAGUAAAAUUGGCAGACUUUGGGUGGAGUAUUCUCAACCCGGAAGGGUCUAAACGUAAAACUCUGUGCGGGACCAUAGAUUACCUUUCACCUGAAAUGAUUACACCAAGAGAGUAUGACGAGCAAGUAGAUGUAUGGGCGCUGGGAGUCCUUGCGUAUGAACUUGUUGUCGGAGUACCACCUUUUGAAGAAAAUUCAAAAGAACUCACAUAUAAGCGCAUUCUCAAAUGCGACUUAAACUUUCCCGAGUCCAUAUCAAAAGAUGCAAAGGACCUCAUAUCCAAACUACUGGUAACAGAUACCACACAAAGGUUAUCACUAACUGGAGUCAAAACUCAUCCAUGGAUCUUGAAGAACAAACCAUUCUGGUAA